GCCUGCAAUCGACCUCAGCGCAUCGUGAGCGAUAGCAUUUGUGCUCAAAACGCUUGGGCACGUCCACAGUGCUCUCACAAGAUGUGCAAGCCGGCACCUGCUGCGAACGGCACCGCUUCGGACACUAAUACACCAACAAAACAAUGCAGCAUCUGCAAGACCACCUUCCCGAGCCGCAGCGCGUUGUUCAAACACUUAAGAAGUGGCGCCUGCGACGCGCGCCUCGCGCAAGCGCCGACCAAAGCGAACGCGAUCCUCCAAAUCGGCUACCACAGCAGUACACCGGACGCCGUCGAGGCCGCGCUGCGCCGCGCCGUCGGCGCGGCGGGCGCGGUCAAGGGCCGGACCGGCGCCUCGUCGACCACGCGGGCGCACCUCGCUUUGGCGCCCGGCGCGUCGGCGUGGGGCGACGUCUGCGCGUGCUGUCUGCCGCCCUGCGAGGAUGACGAUAAAUGGGUCGACGCCGCGAACGCGCGAGCCGGUGGUGCCGUGGAGAUCCUGCGACGAGCACCCCUCCUACAAAACUUCAAGGCCGACGCCUGUUCGUCGCAGCGGGUGGAGGUGCUGGUUCCCUCGAAAUACAUCGGUGAGCUCAAGGCCUUCCGCGACGCCGCCACAGCUUUAUUGAUCGAGAAGCGCGGCGCCCGCAGCGUCGCGCGGUCGUGGCACGCGUUCUGCGACGACGACCUGCCAUCGACGACGCGUCGCUGCUGCCCCGGCGACCAGGCGUCGUCGUGUACAGUCAAGAAAGUGCACGUCAAGACGUAUGACGACAAGUGGGUCGUCGUCGCGCUCGAGGCGGACCGCUUCCUGCGGGGCAUGGCUCGUAAAGCGGUGAGCCUCGCGGUGUUCGCGCACGCGGGCGUCAUCGCGGACGUCGCUUUACAUGAUGAGGCCGCCUUCGUACGGCCGUGGGCCUCGGACGUGCUCGAGGCGCUGGGGCCCGCUAUUGAUCCUCGUUCUGAAGGCCUGGCCUGCUGCAAGUUCGCGGCCUGCGAGCGCGUGGCCAACGCGUCGGUCGACGCCGUCCGCGCGGGCGACGGCGCCCGGACCCUGGCUUUCCGGGAGACGUGUCGCAGGCACGGCGCUUGUAUUGAGGUGGAAGCGUCCUGGGCCGCCGCGGAGGCGUACUGGCGCGGUCGUCGUUCUGAAACCUGCGUCUUACCGGAGCCGCGACUGGAACCGCCGCCCGAACCUUAUGAAGCCGCUCUAACAGCACUAAGAGCGCUGACGGACCGCGGCUGGCCGUCUUCAUCAACAGCUCGGUCGAAGCUCCUCGUUUCUUCUGAUGAGGGCGGCUCCUUCUCCGUCGGCGCCACGCCCACGGCCCACCAGCCGAACAACAACGCGGAAAGCGACGUCGUCGCCGCGGUCUUCGCGCUGGAAAGAGAGUUAAUAAAGCGCCACUUCCCAUCCAGACAACCGUCGACGAUGUGCGCGAUCAACCGCUCGGCGCGGUUCCGGCCGCACCUCGACGCCGGCGCGGGCUUCGGCCAGCGCACGUCGCUCAUUGUGGGGUUGGGCGACUAUACUGGAGGCGGUUUGGUCGUGGAACGCGUCGAAAAAAAUAUACGCUACGCGCCUCUACAAUUCGACGGCUGGCGCGAGCGCCACUGGACUCUACCAUUUAAGGGCGAGCGCUUCUCGCUGGUCUGGUUCACGCCGCUGACCGUCGCUCCACCAGUACCGAAGCCGCCGCUGCCGCCCUUCGUGCUAGAGGCAUGCAAAGGGGACCUGCCGGCGCCGCCGUCUCCUACGCCGACGAUCGAGCGGCUCGCGCCGGGCUGCGUGCUCGUGCGAGGAUUUUUAGAUGUAACUAAACAGCGCAACGUCGUCUCAUCAAUUGCCGGCCGGGCCUUCGCGGCGCGCGCCUACGACGGCGGCGGCGCGCUGAAGUGCCGGACGGUGUGUCUCGGGGGUCAAGACUGGGACCACGCAUCGAAUGCCUACGUUGCGACGGACGGCGCCGUGCCGCCUUUACUGGAGACGGUCGCGCGCGACGCCCACGCGGCGGCGGCGGCGGCCGAUGGAGCCUUACCGGCCUUCGACGUUCCCGACGUCGUCGUGUGCAAUUUUUAUGAAGAAGCGGGCCGCAUGGGCCUCCACCGCGACGACGCGGAGUCGUCGGAGGCGCUCGCGCGGGGAAGUCCCGUCGUGUCGCUGUCGUUCGGCGACGAGUGUGUGUUCGCUCUCGCGCCGUCGCGGGACGCCGAGCGGACGCGAACGACGCUGCGGUCCGGCGACGCGCUUAUUUUUGGUGGGCCCUCGCGGCUCGUCUAUCAUGGCGUCGAGCGCGUCAAGGCGGGGACUGCGCCCGCCGCGCUGGGGAUGCGUGCCGGGCGGCUGAAUUUGACUUUUCGAUCUGUAGUGUAG